AUGCCCUUCUCUUCCGUGCCGUCAUCAGCGCCUCAAUUGGCGCCGCCACCACCACCGCAGCCGCCGCAGCAGCCCCUACAAAGCGUGCUGGCCAUCGGUCGCCAGCAGGGGUGGGGCGCCGCCGCCGCCUCCGCUCGAGGUGCCGCGAUGCCGACCGGCGUGCCAUCUUGCCGGAUGGGGACUCGGUCGUCGGUGACGCUCAUGUGCCCCGAAGCAGAUGGGUCGGAGUGGCCCAUCUCUGCACCGCAAUUCAGCAACGGCUGCUUCAAUAAGCGCUGCGACGGCGCGGUCGGCGAGUCGUUCGCCGCCUGUGCCGCCAUGGCCGUACCGAAGGGGGCUUCAGAGAUGGACCACAACUCCUACGACGCCAUGCAGCAGCAGCAGCAGCGGCUGUUGUGCGGCCCUAAGAACGAGUCUGCCCCCGCUGGCAACGCCGACGCCGCACCGCAAAACACCAACGGCGUGUGCGAGGCCAUCGUCACGGCCGCACGGUGCGGUGGUGUUGUGGCACCCAGCGCAUCGGCGCCUGCGCCCGGCGACGCCACUGCACCGUUCAUCGCCACCACUGCUGCCUCGGCAAACGCCAUGAUGAAAGCACAUGGGCGCGGCAGCUGGUCAUGUCCGUUCGGGUCCUCGGCCUCUGACGAAGCUCUCCAGCAGCAGUGUCACGAUACGCGGCAGGCCAGUGUGUCGAAGAGCGUGACGAGCCCCACCGAUGUCUCUGGCGUGGUAAUGGCAGUGUCCUCCUCGGCCAACGCGAUGGCGCUUGUUCCCAUGAACGAGGUCGCCUCACCGACUGGUGCUGAGAUGCAGUGCCUCCUGGCCGAUGCCCAUCGUGCCUACACGGCUGCUGAGGCGCAGCUGCUGAAGGACGGCCUUGCCUUGCGUGAGGAUUGGAUGGGGACGCGCGACCUCUUUUUCGCAGCCGGCGGCCUCUUCGCUGCCGUCGGCGAGCCCGCCAUUGCAGCCCGCUGCCUGCUGCACGCCACCUUCAUCAACCGUGCCUUUCACAGCGACGACGAGGCGCUGGCGACGUUGGCAAUGUCAGUGGAGCAGCUGAAGCAGUCGCAUCCGCGUAUCGCUGUGGACGCGCUGCUGCGGCUCGCGCCGUGCUAUGUGCGGGAGGACCUGCGCUACCAGGCCGCUCGCUGCUACCGCGAUGCUGCUGAGAUUCUGGAGAACGUCCUGGACGAGAAAGAGGCAGCCGUCGUGCAGUACCGCGCCGCGUUGGACAUGUACGCCGAGACUCAAGUGGCCGCCUCUGAGAGGGCGCGGCAUUGGGAGCGCCAGAAGCGGCGGCUCGACGGCACCCCACGGCAGCACCCCCACUCCCUUGACAUUUGCACGACCAACGGGGAUGUGGCCAACGCAGCGGCGCCGGAGGGAGUCGAGGCCACGCUGCUGGGGUCGAAGCAGCAGCAUCAGCUCGUGUUGCCCAAGUCCACGGCGCUGGAGCCCUCCAGCGAUGUCGUUUCUCUUACAUCAUCCGUGGAUGGGAGGGGGUGCAACUCCGUUGGCUUCCCAGCACAUGGUCCCCCGCAGUAUCGAGUUAGCACGACGGUGCAGCGCAGUCUUACCGAUGCCUGCCGCUGGCGCCUGGUGAUUCUCCUCACGCGCCUUGGCCGGUACGAGGAGGUGCGUGAGGCGGCGCUCGCCUGCGCAGCAAGUGUGCCGCUUACGUUGCCCAAAACAAAGUAUCUGCUCUACGCUACACUGUGCGUUCUGGCGCGAGGGGCGGCGACUGUGGAGGGGGGUGUCUCGGCAAACAGCGCCUCUGAUCCGGCGGUCGCUACAGAGGCACGGCAAUCUACAGAGACGGCGACGACGGAAACCUUCGCGGCCUCUUCCGUCGAUGCGGUGUACUUUGACAGUCUCUACGACGCCGAAAAGUUAUUCCUUGCGCUGCAGGACGAGGACCGCACCUUCCAGCGCGGGAAGGAGAACGCGCUCGUGCGCGCGAUACUGACGGCAAAUCGGGCUUGCUCUCUGGCGGCCUUCGACGACGCCGUGCGCACCUACAAAGCGUACGCGACGACGGGGUCGUGCGUUGUGUUUGAGUUGUUGGUGAAGCAGUGCCGCCGCAGCCUGUUCGAGCACAUGGAGCGGUUUGCUUGA